CACUCACCCCAAAAAUCCCCCCAAAACCAUCAACCAAAAAGUGCAAAAAAUAAAAUCUAACAUUAAUAAAUUCUCCAACCCCAAAAUUUAAGAAACUAACUAACAUAACAACAAUUUAUGGCUAGCUCAGCUGCAGUUGUGAUCAAGUUAGCUUGCACAACCACGUUAUUGUUGUUGUGCAUGGUGCUAACUACACCACCACAACAAGCUGAGGCCGCCAUAACUUGCGGCGUUGUUACAAGCAAACUGACCCCUUGUAUUAGCUUCCUUAAGGGUGGCCCCGCCCCGGCAGCCGCCUGCUGUAACGGAGUUAGGUUCAUUAGAGCCGCCCCACUUGCUGAUCGGAGAACUGCGUGUAGCUGCAUUGUAGAUCUUGCUAAGUCUUUGUCAGGGAUUAAUUAUGGGAAGGCGUUUUCUUUACCUGGAAAGUGUGGUGUUAGUAUUCCCUUCGCCCUUAGCUGCAGCACCAUGCAGUAAAUCGCGAAUGUUGUAGCAAGGAGCUAAUAGAAGUGGGCCCAGUCAAUCAGCUAGUAAAUCUAAAAAGUCAAUUAAAUUAAUCAUACUUUGAAACUCUUAUUGUUUUCAAAACAUAAAAGAGGAGAAAAGGAAAAACGAUUGAUGAGUGAGAUUUAUGUCAUUUCUAGGGGUAGUUUUUAGGUACUUUUAUAGAUUACUUUCUUAUAUUAUUAUUAUAUAUAUUUUUUUAAUCAAUUUUCCCUUUAUUUCUUCCUUUUACACUCCUAAUUUUUAAGUUUAAUUAGCAUAUUAGUGGUUUCGUUAGUUUUUUAGGUCUUAGUUUUGUAAUUUAUUUAUUGGAAUAAUUACUUUUAAUAAUCCAACCUUUAAGCGAUUUUCCAAAAUUAAUCCAACCUUUCGAUUAUUAUUUAAUAAUCUAACCUUUGUAUCCCAUUAACUUUCGUUACACCCAACCAGUCAUCAACCCAUACAACAGGUAACAUGCACACGUGUUAUACAACAAUUGGCUAUAAUUUUAUUUUUAAAAAAUAUGUUUUUUUUCUCUUCCUUCCUUGUUCGUCCUCCUUCAUUCCUGCCUUUGUAAAUUAGUUCUCUGAACUAAUGAAAAACUUAGCCCUCAUCCCCACUAUCUCUCUCAACCAAUACCACUACAAAUCACGGCCUUCCUCCAUCUUUCCACCACCUUCCUUCACCUCACCUACUCACCACCACCGUCGCCCUCAUCCCUCCCUAACCCACUAUCGCUCUCACUCUCUCUCCUCCAAACCCCUCUUCUCCACCACGAAACCCACCCUUUUACACCUGCCAAAUUUUCCUUAUAAUUUUGGCCUUCAUCUUUGAAUAAAGAUCCAGCCAUCAAAAAAUUAAAAAUAUACCCUCUUUAAAAAAAAUCUGUUGUUAUAAUCUUAAACAUAAUCUCAAAUAAAUCAAUCGAUCAAAUUUUUGAGCUGAAAUCUACUUAGUUCUCCUCCAAUCU